GUGACGUCUCUGGUGACGUCACCCACUCCUCCUUCACUCCCUGGGUGUUUGGUGGUCGUUCGCGAUCUGCGGUUGUUGGCCCUUUGCCUGCACAGCCACAGAGAGGGGCUGGCUCAACGCUCAACGAGGGGAGACUUUAUGGUCUUGCUGCACAACACAGACCUAAUAAAACACUCGACGUCUCACGACGGGAAAUGGACAACAGUAAACGGACUGUCGUCGUUACAGGAGCUGAAGAAGCUCGGGCUUGGAACCGAAGUGGACUUGCAGGUCUACGAGGUUCCUGUGGAGUACCAAACGGUGCAGAGUUUAGUUCCAUCACUAUGGAAGAAGUAUCACCCAAUGCUGGUCGUUCAUGUGGGCGUCUCAGGCAUGGCCACCACUGUCACAUUAGAGAAGUGUGGCCGAAAUCAUGGCUAUAAAGGUUUGGACAACAGCAGCUUCUGUCCUGACUCCCAAUGUUGCGUCGUGGGAGGCCCAGACUGUAUUGACUCCGUUAUUGACAUGGAAUCGGUCUGCAAGAGAGUGACCGCCUCCGGACUGGGAGUUGCCGUGUCCGUCUCCAAGGACGCCGGAAGGUAUCUGUGCGACUUCACUUAUUACACAUCCCUGUACAUGAGCCACGGUCGCUCGGCCUUCAUCCACGUGCCGCCUCUCGGGAAGCCGUACAGCGGCGAAGACCUGGGCCGUGCGCUGCAAGCCAUCGUCCGGGAGAUGCUGGAACUUCUGGGUGACGCCAAGGAGAAGAUUCACUGCCAGCAACACUUCCACUAAGUGACCUCUUGAUGCCAGCCAGCCAGCCAGCCAGCCAGCCAGCCAGCCUCUCCAGCCACGCAAGACAAAUUGCACUCGACCACAAGUAGCCAAGUUCUUUCUUUUUCUCGUCCCGUCUGAGAUCACGGUAGCUUCAGUGCGUAGGAACCUUUUUCUUCGUCUGUCCUUGCUUAACUAUUUUGCGAUUGAAAAAAAGAUUGUCCCACUUUAAAAUUUUUGAUUUGCGAAUAUGUUAGAGUUGUAGCACCUCCAAAGCACAGGAAGAUUUGUUGUUGACACACACACACACACACAAAAAAAGAUAGUUGCUACAGAGUAUAGCAGAUCCUACACAGCGUUACUCCAAAUGUGGCUACUAGUAUUGCACCUUAUAGUGUUAGGGUUACUGACAUAGUUACAGGAGUCACAUUUGGGAUGAAUUAGGAUUUUUAUUUUUUUUUAUAUAUCCUUCCAUUUCAGGAUUUUGCCUUAUUCAUAUUACCAAAGCUUCCAGGUUACUUCUGAAUUUUUGUUUCAAUUCUCAAUACAAAAAUCAUUUCCAAGUCUAUAAGUGUGUAGACUUAUACGUGAUUAAAAUAUUCUUGGAGGAACUCUUGAGUAUAAAACCCGCUGCUCCUCUCUCCAUCCAUCUUCCUCUUAAGUCUAUCUGUGCUAUUUCAUAUUAGAUGUUGAAUUGUUUCUGGACUCUUUUUCUUUAUAAGAAGUUGCGAAUUUACCUUCUUUUACAAAGGUGGUUUAAAAUUGGGUUAGGGUCGGUUCCAGCUCACAUUCCCUCCGUUUUGUGGCCCAUUUCUGACCAAUAAUUCACCCCCCCCCCUGAGAUCUGAUCAAAGGUUGUGCAAUAUGAUGUUAACAGAUCUCCUGCUUGUCGGCUUUACCGGGCUGCACAAUUAUUUGAAAAUCUUUGUGCUUGACCUUUGGCCUUUCUCUCUGUUUGUGCCCUGCGAUUGGCUGGCGACCAGUUCAGUCCAAUGUUUUUCCCCUUCACCAAAUUGUGCAGCCUGGAAACUUUUAGGCUUUUGAAUUCCAUUUAUAGCUGCUCAUACGUAACAAUAAUUGUGUCAAGUCAGAUUUGGGGCGGAAAUUCUGGUUUCUAGCACUUUCUUGCUUUUCCACUUUUUAGUUUGUCGCUAUUAUGAUAUGUUGCUGAACAUAAACUUAAUUUCCGUAGAAAAAUCUUGAGUUCCUCUCAAUAUUUCCUCUGGCUUACUUAUGUCUAUUUGUUUUAUGCCUUUCAGUUCCAAUUAAGAUGUUGGGCCAGUUGAUUUAUUUUCUUUCUUGCCGUAAAAGUAGUAACCUGAAGCAGAACUUGUACACUGCUUAACACAUUUAUUAAACCACAACCCAAAGUAUGGGGGAUAGUUGCCCUGAAUUAACAGCACUAGUAAUUGACAAAAUCAUACUUCAUGUUUGUGUACACAGAGAAUAGAACAAAAGUGAUUUUUGUAUAAUGCUAUAAUAGAAUUCUAAUGAUCCAAAAAAUAUAGUUAUAAAAUUGUUAUUCUUGAAGAGGGGAAAGAAUGUGCUGGUGACUGGUGGUUUAAUACAUUUGUUCAGCAUUGUACAUUUCAUUUUAGUCUGUCAAUUGUUUAAUUGUUGACCGGGCAAGUUUGGUAGGUGCUGAUGUUUAACGGGGCGUGGCAUUGUGAGUGCAAGUACGUAUGUGAAUGGGGUCGUGCUGCACUUAACAGUUGCUGACAAAUGUAGAGCUAGUAUGUUUUCCUUUUAACUCCUGUGCCUUGCUGUUAUUUAUUUUUGUUUGGAUAAGGCCUUAAACGUUGGGUGGCCGGUCAGUUCAAAGAUUUAUCGGAAUUUAUCCAGGCAAAUGCGUGGCUACCUCAAAACCGUUUUUUAAUCUCAAAGCGGGGCGCAACAUUAUGACUGUGAGUUAUUGUGAGUACUGUACCUCUGUAAGGGAACAUCCCAUGAAAGGCCUGUUCUCCGCUUCUGACAUUAUCAGAGCACUGUUACAAUAAGUAAGAUUGGCUUUAUAUGAGGAGGCUUUUAAAUAAAGAUAAUUGAGAUGUUGAUAACUGA